AGCCUGGUUCGAGAAUUCGUAAACUAUUUCGCUAUACAAGCCCACACAACCCAGGCUCAAUUAAUUGGUCUCCGUUUGGACGCCGCCGUCGCACCUUCUCCUCCGGCGAGAUCUCUCGUGCACGCUGUAGAAGUAAGCUCGACGUCAUCCUCCCCUUCUCCGCUACGAGAGAGUACAGCAGACUCUUCGUCACCCUCUGUCUUCAUUAUCAGUCCGCCGCUCUCCCUUUCAUCUCCUUCUUCGCCCUAACCCUCCUAUUCCUAUCACAAGAAGAGGUUGUCCAAGGGUUCCUAAUCCGGCCGAUUGGAUACGGAGACAUGUCUUCCUUCCGUCCGUACCCCCCUCUUCCACCUCCGGUAGGGGGGCCACCUCCAGUGCCCAACCAGAACCAUCCCUUUCCCCCUACCCUCAACCCCCAGUUCCAGCCCUAUCCAUCCCAACCCCACGGGGGCUAUCCCGCCUCCGGCGCCGACGCCUCCGGCUACGGCCGUAUCCCGCCAGGCUCCGCUCCGCACCCUGGGUUCGCUGACCCAUUCAAUCUGCCGGCUAGCCAACAGCAGUAUCCUUACGCCCCUUCCGUACCCCAGGCGCCUCCGCCUCCCUCGGGUGCUUACCCCCCUCCUCCGCCACCGCCACAGUCGCAACCUUCGAUGUACUACCCUUCUUCACAGUACCCAAUCCAGUAUAACCCUCCUUCUCAGCCACCACCACCCCCUCCGUCAGCGUCUCCGCCGCCUCCACCAUCGGUUCCGCCUCCCCCGUCUCCGCCGCCCCCUUCUCUGUCUAAUCAGGUCCAAUCUGCUCCUCCAGCCAUUAACUUGCACCACCAUAUCGCCACAAAAGUUGCCCCGCCUUCCGGGCGCCAGCAGAAACCAUCGCUCCCGCCUAAGCAGCAGAAGCCUCCUCCUGGACCGUCUGCCGGGAGGCCCACCUUCCAGUCCGGAGGUCCAAAUGGAAUCUCGGGAAGGAUCGAGACGGAGGAGGAGAGGAGAUUGCGGAAGAAAAGAGAAUAUGAGAAACAAAAGCAGGAGGAGAAGAGGCUUCUUUUCUUGAAACAGUCACAGUCAACUGUGCUGCAAAAGACCCAAAUGCUUGCAGGCAAUGCACGGCCGAAUGGCUCAAUGACUGGUUCUCGCAUGACAGAUCGCCGGACAACUCCAUUCUUGGGCGGGGAUAGAAUUGAAAACCGGCUUAAGAAGCCUACGACUUUCAUCUGCAAGAUGAAGUUUAGAAAUGAGUUGCCAGAUCCAACAACACAACCAAAACUAUUAGCAAUGAACAAGGAUAAAGAUCGAUUUAGCAGGUACAAAAUUACAUCCAUAGAAAAGAUGCUAAAGCCUAAACUCUAUGUUGAACAAGAUCUUGGGAUACCUCUUGACCUACUUGAUAUGAGCAUAUACAAUCCACACGCUGUUCGUCUCCCCCUUGCCCAUGAAGAUGAAGAACUAUUGCGUGAGGAGGAGGUAGUAACUCCUAUCAAACAAGAAGGUAUAAGAAGGAAAGAGAGACCUACAGAUAAAGGUGUUUCUUGGUUGGUUAAGACUCAAUACAUUUCUCCUAUUAGCACGGAAGCAGCAAAAAUGAGUCUUUCUGAGAAACAAGCAAAGGAGAUGCGUGAAUCAAGAGAAGGAAGAAAUCUUUUCUUGGAGAAUCUGAACAAUAGCAGGGAGAAACAAAUUCAAGCUAUCGAAGAAUCAUUCAGGGCAGCCAAACUACCUCCUGUUCAUCAAUCUAAACCUGGACUAGAACCUGUGGAGAUUUUGCCUUUGUUACCAUUUUUUGACAAAUAUGAAGAUCAGUUUGUUAUGGUAAACUUUGAUGGAGAUCCAACAGCUGAUUCAGAACAAUAUAACAAGUUAGACAGAUCUAUUCUCGAUGAGCUUGAGUCACAGGCUAUAAUGAAGAGCUUUAUUGUGAAUGGCUCAGAUCCAAACAACCCUGACAAAUUCCUUGCCUACAUGGCUCCUGCACCAGAUGAGUUGUACAAGGACAAGAAAACUGAAAAUGAAGAUACAACAUAUACCUGGCUUCGGGAGUAUCAUUGGGAUGUAAGGGGUGAGGAUACUGAUGAUCCAACAACUUACCUAGUUACAUUCGAAGAGAAAGAUGCCCACUAUUUGCCUCUACCUACAAAGCUUGUUCUGCAAAAGAAGGCAAAAGAAGGAAGGUCAGUAGAUGAAGCUGAGCAUUUUCUAGCGCCAUCAAAGGUUACCGUGAGGAAUAAAUCAGCUAACACAGUUGCAGAGUCGAAUGAAUAUGAGGAGAUAUCAGGAAAAAAUGGAAAACCAGAUGGUGUAAAGAGAAAGGGAGGAGCUUCUUCAAUGUAUGAUGAUGACCUCGAAGAGGAACGACAUAAAUUUACGAGGACGGAUGACAUAGAUCAGUUAAGCGGAGAGGAAGAACUGUAUGAUUAACAAACUGUCCGGUGUCAAAACUCUGAAGCAGAUAAAGUAUCAACCUGCAUUGUAUAAUCCUCCUGUUGAGUUAUUGCACUGCAAAGUAGUUAUUAUUAUUAUUAUUUCCCAUUUGGAAUUAAGUUUCAUUUGUAUUCUCCCAUGAUGUCGAUUCUCGCAUAAGUAUAGUCUUGUUUGGCUGUUGAUCUUUCAGCUGAUCGUCCCAAUUACAGAGAAGUUUAAGUAUUUUGGGGUCGUCAGUUGGGUACCCUAAACUCGUGUCGAUGAUGACAUUUCAUUAUCUAAAAUUAAAAUAAUUUUUGCAGUGUGAUUCA